AUGGCGGAACCUUCAAAUCCGAUAGCUGCUUCCGCUCCUUCUCAGUCUUCGCAAUCUGUCAACUCCAGUUCGAAUGCAAAUCCUGGACGGAAAUCGCCUGCUGCAGCCCCUCCUCCCGUUUCUGCUCAACCAUCUUCUGCCACGACAUCCUCAAAUACAAAUUCAAAUACAAAUACAAGUACAAGAAGUAGGAAAGACCGGCCCUGUGAUGCGUGUAGAAGAAGAAAGUCGCGAUGUGUAAUGAACGAGGACAGCUCCGUCUGUGUCUUGUGUCAGUUUCACAAGCAGGAUUGCACUUUCUUACAGAGUCCACAACCUAGAAAAAGAAGACUUCCAGUUACAUCUGCUGGUUCCGACGACGAGAAGCAUUUGGGAUCGAAUAAAAAAAGGUAA